UUGUUCAAUUCCUCUUUCCCUUUCAACCCUGAAUCAGUGAAUCCCAAGCUCCACACAACACAACAACACUCACUGAAAUCCCUAAACUACCAACAAGAUGAAGACCAAGACGCCAUUGAAACCACUCAAGCUCGCCGUUCCUGCUCAGGAAACCCCCAUCACUUCAUUCCUGACUGCAAGUGGCACAUUCCAUGAUGGAGAUCUUCUGUUGAAUCAGAAAGGGUUGCGUCUCAUCUCUGAAGAAAAGGAAUCAAGGCCUUCAGAUGCUAAGGAGCUUGAAUUUGACUUCUCACUGGAUGACCUUGAAACCAUCAAAGUGAUUGGAAAGGGCAGUGGUGGUGUAGUGCAACUUGUUCGUCACAAGUGGGUUGGAAAAUUGUUUGCUUUGAAGGCCAUUCAGAUGAAUAUACAAGAGGAAAUUCGAAAACAGAUUGUUCAGGAACUGAAAAUAAACCAAGCAUCACAGUGUCCACAUAUUGUAGUUUGCUACCAUUCAUUCUAUCAGAAUGGUGUUAUAUCUCUUGUAUUAGAAUACAUGGACCGGGGUUCUCUAGCAGAUAUAAUCAGACAAGUUAAAACAAUUCUGGAACCAUAUCUUGCUGUAGUUUGUAAGCAGGUAUUACAAGGCCUUGUUUACUUGCAUAAUGAAAGGCAUGUCAUACAUAGGGACAUUAAACCUUCCAAUCUAUUAGUCAAUCACAAAGGGGAGGUGAAGAUCACUGAUUUUGGUGUGAGUGCUAUGCUGGCAACCUCAAUGGGCCAAAGAGAUACAUUCGUCGGAACUUACAAUUACAUGUCGCCGGAAAGAAUCAGUGGGAGUACUUAUGAUUAUAGCAGUGACAUCUGGAGUUUGGGUAUGGUAGUACUUGAGUGUGCCAUAGGACGGUUUCCUUAUAUACAAUCUGAAGAUCAGCAAGCCUGGCCUAGUUUCUAUGAACUUUUGGCAGCAAUUGUGGAAAGCCCCCCACCUUCUGCUCCAUCUGAUCAGUUCUCCCCAGAGUUCUGUUCAUUUGUGUCAUCCUGCAUCCAAAAGGAUCCUCAGGAUAGAUUGACAUCCUUGGAGCUUCUGGAUCAUCCUUUUAUAAAGAAGUUUGAAGAUAAAGAUCUAGAUCUCGAGAUUUUGGUAGGUAGCUUGGAACCUCCUAUAAAUUUCCCCAGAUAAUUCUUAUGAUGUAGUUUGUAAAAUUUGUACUUGACAGUCAUAGCUCUUAUCAGGGAAAUUUCUCUUGUCAGUAAUGCUAUAUAGUAUACCAGUAUCAGUCCUAAGCUUGUUGACUACAUUACAGUUUCCUGAAACUGAUUUGUGUAAUAGUUCUUUCUUGUUUGUACUCUCCUUAUGGAUCAUAGUUACAUAGAUCCUUGAGCGAAA